UUAAGGGGAAGCUGAGUGGGACUCCGAAACAAAAACAGCUAUGAAUAUCCUUCCGAAGAAAUCGUGGCAUGUGAGAAACAAGGACAACGUAGCUCGAGUGCGGCGGGACGAAGCGGAGGCCGAAGCCCAGCGACAAAGGCGGGAAGCCCGAGUCCUGCUUGCGGAACAGGAGGCUCGGACUGAAUUCUUGCGUAAGAAAGCACGCCUGUCAGCCCCAGGAAGCGACAGCAGUAGCUCAGACCUCCUGGCUCUUGGCUCAGAAGGGUCCUCACAACACAUCAACCUUUUCCACGAAUCACAAGAGGGCGGAAACAAAGAACAUGAGGAGGAGAAGAGGCAAGAGAAGGAGCGACAGGAAAAGGCUUUGGGGAUCCUCACUUACUUGGGCCAGAGCGCAGCAGAGGCCCAGACUACUCGGCCUUGGUACCAGGAACCCCCAGAACGCAGUGAGGCUGUUGCCAAGGAUGUGAAGCUGAAAGGGAAGCUGGACCCUCUGGUCGAGAUGGAAAGGCAUCUGCGUAAAAAGAAGAGCUCCCAGAAGGAAGGGAAGAAAGGGAAGCAGAAGGAGAGCAGAGGGAACUUGGCAGUAGGGACGUCAUCUCUAUCAGCAUCAUCCUCUGCUCUGGAGAAGCUACGGCAGGAGCGGCUGCGUCGCGAGCAGGCAGAGCGAGCCCGGGCAGAGGCCCUUCUGGCCCAGAAAGCCGGAACAUUCCUUCCUGGGGAGGCAGAGGAGGAAGUAGAUGAAAGGAAACGUGGCUACAACUCUCAGUUCCACCCGCAGCUGGCAAGGAAGAGGGUCUGGGAGCCACAGUGAGAGAAGCCCUGCUUGUGCAGUGGCAGUCCUGGAGAGACCUGUUGGUGCCAUCUUCUGCUCUGGGAGGCCAAAGGAGGCAGCUUUUUUCAUCAUCCAAGACUGCCUGAGGUGGGACAGUGAGCGAACAUCUGUUCACCUGUUGCUACGGACAGCAGCUUUAGAAGCCUCACAGGGCUGAGGAAGACUUCAGUGAUGAGGUUCAUACCACAGUUGUGUGUCACACACCUUCCCCAUAAAUGGGGCUACGCUACAGCUGCCACAAACCUGUCUUUGGUACCAGUGUAGCACCACACAAGAACAGGGAGACAGUCAAGUUCCUGACAGGUUACAACACAUGACGUGAUGCCUGGUGGGUUUCAGGUUUUGUAUGUCUACCCUUGAUUCUGACUGUAAAUGGCAAAAACAAUAUAUCAGCUUCCUAAGAAUUGGUCAUUGUGGGGGUAUAUGAAGCAUAAUUAUAUAAAAACAGAACAGCUUACCUUUAAGAUUCAGAUUUCCUUGUGCAAAGGAAAGACAGAGCCGCCAAAGUACUUUGUCUCUGUAAAAUCUUGGGACUUAAACAGGAAGGUUGCUGGCUCGAGAUACAGUGGUAAGCUCUGAAAGCUGGGGCUGCCUACAGCCACUCCCAGCUGAUACUCAGCUGUUAGGAAGGAGGGAAGAAGCAGAAGUACCCACACGCAAGGGAGGACUGCUGAAAUCUGGCAAAUUCACGUAAUUCCACCAUAGCCAGGGUGAGAGAGGAAGAACCCAAGGUAGGUUUGCCAUGUGCAUGGCUUAGUAAAAAGGAAUGGUAGGGGCCUAAAUGCGGGUCUAGAUGGGGAGGUCUUUGUCACCAGUUGACCUAAUCAGUUGGGAACAGGAGGGAACAGACCUGACCCAUUCCCCACUUGCCAGCCUUCGACACAGGCAUUCCCUGUGCUGAAGGGA